UGACUUUUAUUAAUAUCAUUCAUACAAUCGUAGGAUCAGUUCCAUGUUCUGCACUUAAACGGUCAUGGGGAAAACUAUUAGCUGCUCUGUUUUACUAACUUUAAUAUCUUGCUUUUCCUUGCAGUUUUGUACUGCUUUAGACACCAUAACACCAUCAAAACCCAUCAAAGACCCUGAAUCUAUAAUCUCCCAUAGUGGAGUUUUCCGAUUGGGAUUCUUCAGCUUUGCUAAUUCCAGCAAUCGUUAUGUAGGGAUAUUGUACCAUCAAAUCCCCCUACAAACAGUGGUAUGGGUAGCGAACAGAAACAAGCCUCUCAAGGACUCUUCUGGGAUUCUCAACAUAUCAGAUGAUGGCAAACUUGUUGUUUUGAAUGGAAAAGCUGAGAUUCUUUGGUCAUCAAAUGUUACGAAUUUGGUUCCUAAUGCAACAACUGCCAAGCUUUUAGACUCUGGAAACCUUGUCCUCAAUAAUGGUGAGGAUGGAGGAAGCAGCUUAUGGGAGAGUUUUCAAGAUCCUUCUAAUGCCUUCAUUGAAACUAUGGAGAUCGGCACUUAUGUUGAAAAGGGUCGUAAAGUGGAGCUGAAAUCAUGGAAAAGCAUUGAUGAUCCAUCUGAUGGUAACUUUUCUUUUGCCAUUGAGCCUUUCAACAUCCCAGAGGGCAUCAUUCGGAAGAAUAACCAGCUCUAUUUUCGUACCGGUCCAUGGAAUGGGAAUAUCUUUAUUGGCGUAAUACUCACCGGUUAUCUUGAUGGGUUUUAUAUGGCUGUAGAUAAUCAACAACAAACGUACUAUCUCACUUAUAAAUUUUCUAAUAACUCUAUGUUGAUGUACUAUGAACUGAAUUCUCAGGGGAAAUUCGUCGAACGACGCUGGGAUGCGGGGAAAGGGGACUGGGUAAACAGCUACCCUAUUCUUCAAACCGAUUGUAAUGAUUAUGGGAAGUGUGGGCCAUUUGGGAUAUGCGAUUCAACGAAACGACCCAUUUGCAGUUGCUUGAAGGGGUUUAAGCCUAGGAAUAUAGAGGGAUGGAGUAAAGGUAAUUGGAGUAGUGGGUGUUUGAGGACUACCCCUUUGCAGUUCCAAAGAGAUAGCAACAAUGGCAGUGAAACAGGCCAAGGAGAUGAUGGGUUUUUAAGGCUAAAGAUGAUGAAAGUGCCGGCAUUUCCGGACCGGUCAUCAUUAAUUAACAGGGACUGCAAAGAUCAAUGCUUGAAGAAUUGUUCCUGCGUGGCUUAUGCCUAUGAUGAUGGCAUUGGUUGCAUGUUUUGGGGUGGAGAUUUGAUUGACGUGCAGAAAUUCUCCAGUCACGGAGUCGAUCUUUACAUUCGUCUGCCAUCUUCGGAACUUGAUAAAGGGAAAAGCAAUAAGGUCAUUGUCGUUACUACAGCCAUUGCGGGCAUAGUCAUAAUAACAAUUUCUGCACUCUUCUUAUGGUGUAGGAUGGCUAAACAAAGAGGAAGGAAUAAAAUAUGGAAACAGAUCAAACUCCAAAUUUAUAGUGAAAAUGUAGAAGAAAAAUUAGUUGGAGUUGAACUCCAGCAACUACCACUAUUCAAUUUCGAAGUACUCGCCACCGCGACGGACAACUUCCAUGACACAAAAAAGCUAGGGCAGGGUGGUUUCGGUCCAGUUUACAGGGGAACAUUAGACGAUGGAAAGGAAAUAGCAGUGAAGAGACUGUCGAAAGCUUCGGGGCAAGGAUUGGAAGAAUUUAUGAAUGAAGUGGUGGUGAUUUCUAAGCUCCAACAUCGAAAUCUGGUUAGAUUAUUUGGGUGUUGUGUCGAAGGAGAAGAGAAGAUGCUGGUGUAUGAGUAUAUGCCCAACAAAAGUUUGGACGCUUUUCUCUUUGAUCCAUCUAAACAAAAUGUAUUGGAUUGGAGAAAACGCUUCAAUAUUAUUGAAGGGAUUAGUCGAGGAUUGCUUUAUCUUCAUAGAGAUUCAAGAUUGAAGAUUAUACAUAGAGAUCUAAAAGCAAGUAACAUUUUACUUGACGAAGAGUUAAAUCCAAAAAUUUCAGAUUUUGGGAUGGCCAGGAUUUUUGGAGCAAAUGAAAAUCAAGCCAACACUAAAAGGAUUGUUGGAACUUAUGGUUAUAUGUCUCCUGAGUAUGCAAUGCAAGGGCAAUUUUCAGAGAAAUCAGAUGUAUUCAGCUUUGGAGUUCUAUUGCUAGAGAUUGUUAGCGGAAAAAAACACACAAGCUUUUACAACAAUGAGUAUGAUCUUAGCCUCUUAGGAUAUGCAUGGAAACUAUGGAACGAAGGCAGUAUUUGGGAUUUAGUAGACAAGGUUAUUUCAGAGUUUGAAUCAGAUUCAAAGAAUGAGAAAGAAAUAAGGAGAUGCAUACAUGUUGGAUUGCUAUGCGUUCAAGAAAAUGCUAAAGAUAGGCCCACAAUGUCUACAGUUGUUUCAAUACUUAAUAGUGAGAUUUCAAAUCUUGACAUUCCAAAACAACCUGCUUUCACUCAAACACCACUAAUCACCCAUGAUGUUCGAAAUAAGGUUUCACUUAAUGAUGUAACUCUUACAAACUUUGAUGGUAGAUAAAGAUACAAAUGACUUAUUUUUAACUUUUAGAAAUGAAAUCUAAGUAUUGAAGUUUAUCUUUAUUUA